GUUUCAUAAAUCUCUGAGAUUUAACGGUACACUGUUGAUCAGUAUUUUUUUCAGUGAGAAAAGAUUAAAUAUAUAUAUAUAUUUAUACAGAAUGUUAACAGUUUGAUUCUCAGGACUGUUUUCAGUGUUGAACAGUGUGUUGAGAAGUUUUGUUUUUUUUUUUAAAUUUCUUUGUGUGUGUUUUUUGGUUUUGGAGAUCGAUUUGGUGGUGUUGGAGCUGUUACUUGAGGGGGAGAAUAUUAUGAGAAUCUUACACCUGGCUGGUGCGGAAAAUUCACUAUAAAGGAAAGGAUAGAAAGAUAUUAGAGUUAUUCAAUCACUGAUCAUCAUUUUGUCAUGGAAAAUCUUGGAAGUGUGUGCGAAAAAAUCUUUUCAAAUGGAGAUGUCUAUUCUGGUGAUUUUAAGGGAAUGCUUCCCCAUGGAAAAGGUAAUUAUGCAUGGUCAGAUGGGACAGUUUAUGAAGGUGACUGGGAGGAAGGGAAAAUGACUGGCAAAGGCAAGAUAUUUUGGCCUUCACAGGUCACAUAUGAGGGUGAUUUUUCUGGGGGUUACCUUCAUGGUUUUGGAACUUUUAUUGAUUCCGAUGGGUCCAUAUACAAAGGUUCUCUGAAGAUGAACUCUCAACAUGGUAUUGGAAGGAAGGAAUACCCAAAUUCAGAUGUUUAUGAUGGUUGUUGGAGAGAAGGAACACGUGAAGGCAGUGGUAGGUAUGUGUGGAGUAAUGGCAACAUUUAUAUUGGAACCUGGAAAAACGGGAAAAUGUCUGGUAGAGGGGUUAUGAAGUGGUCCAAUGGCGAUCUUUUUGAUGGAUUUUGGUCAAAUGGGUUAAGACAUGGAUCAGGUUUCUAUAGAUUUACUGAUGGAAGUUAUUAUUUCGGAACAUGGACCAAGGGGCUAAAGGAUGGACCCGGAACAUUCUAUCCUGCUGUAAGUAAGCAUUUAAGUGAGUCUAAUCUUCAAGGACGUGAGGACAAGAAGAAGAAACAGCCAUCCCGUAGUUCGUCAAUGGACUCAGAAGAGUCGGUUAUACCCAAUGUAAAGCGUAGUUUAUCAGAAAAAAUUUCAUCUAGCUUCCGAAGGGGCUCUAGACGAUUCUCACAUAAAACUACAUCGUUAGAUGAUGACUGGGACAGCUCUAGUUCAGUUAGAGAAAUGAUGUCACGUGAGAGAUCAUGCGUCCUAUCUCAAAGCUUUCGUGAUGGGCAAAAUGAGUUUCCAGAUAAUCAGACUGUAGCUUAUGAGAGGGAAUAUAUGCAAGGAGUCCUUAUUAAAGAAAGGAUUAGAAAUAUCUCCAAAUUAUCUCACAAAACUAAACAACAGUUGAAAUUCGCGAAGGAAGUUAAAAGGAGCUCAUGGGUGGACAUUUUUGAAGGCCAGAGGAGCUAUUAUCUGAGGCUUAGUUUGCAAUUAGGUAUCAGGUAUACUGUUGGCAAAAUCACACCAGUUCCUAUGCGUGAAGUCAGAUCAUCUGAUUUUGGAGAACAAGCUAGAAUAAGAAUGAAUUUCCCAAGAAAGGGUUCCAAGCUGACUCCUCCACACUGUUCUAUUGACUUUUACUGGAAGGAUUACUGCCCCAUGGUCUUCAGGAAUCUGAGAGAGUUGUUCAAGUUAAAUGCUGCCGACUAUAUGAUGUCCAUCUGUGGUGAUGAUGGUCUGAGAGAGCUUUGUUCUCCAGGAAAAAGUGGAAGCCUCUUCUAUCUUUCUCAUGAUGACAGAUUUGUGAUUAAGACACUGAAAAAAUCUGAGUUGAAGGUGUUACUGAAGAUGCUACCCAACUACUACAGUCAUGUGAAAGCCCAUGACAACACUCUUAUAACUAAAUUCUUUGGGGCACACAGGAUUGCUUUGAGGCACGGGAAAAAGGUCCGCUUUGUAGUCAUGGGAAACAUGUUCUGCACUGAAUUACGCAUACAUCGUCGUUAUGAUUUGAAGGGUUCAUCUCAUGGGAGAUUUACAAAUAAGGAUGAGAUUGAUGAAAGCACUACACUGAAAGAUCUUGAUUUGGCAUAUGAAUUUCAAAUGGACAGAUCACUGCAUGAGUCACUUUUUAGACAACUUGCACUAGACAGUGCCUUCUUGGAAUCUCAACAAAUCAUAGAUUAUAGCCUUCUCCUAGGUUUGCAUUUCAGUGCUCCUGAGCAUCUAAAAUCACUUCUGGAGCCUCCUGAUUCGUUACAUAAGGUCGAGAGCAUUAGUGCUGCUGUUGAUGGUGACCUCUUGAUUCGUCCAACGAAUUUGCUCUUAGUAACCCAUGAGCCUGGCCCUGUCAGCCCUACUCCAGGUCCACAUAUCCGAGGAAGUACAUUGAAGGCAUUCUCUAUUGGUAACAAGGAAGCUGAUCUUCUUCUCCCUGGUACUGGAAGGUUAAGGGUGCAAUUAGGAGUAAACAUGCCAGCUCAGGCAAAUCACAAACUUAUGCAGGCAGAGACGGCCUCAACUGAAAUCGAACUCUUUGAGGUAUAUGAUGUCGUUCUCUACCUCGGCAUAAUUGAUAUACUACAGGAAUACAACAUGAAAAAGAAAAUAGAGCACACAUGUAAAUCCAUGAAGUUUGAUCCUCAGUCGAUAUCUGUGGUGGAACCCAAGCUUUAUUCGAAACGUUUCAUUUCCUUCCUAGAAAAGAUUUUUCCCCUCCAAUGACCUUAGGGUCUUAAUUCUCAGCCUGCCUUCCCUGUCGUUUCUUUGGUGAUUAUGUCAUAAAAGUGAAUAAUCCUUCGUUCGUGUAUAGCCAUUGUUAUGUAUUCUUAGUCCUAUUUGAGAUUUCUUCAACAGUUAAGUUCUUGUUCUCACAAUUGAAGAUCAAUCAUUUUGAUU